AUGGAAUUUUCACCAGAUGAUAAUUCAUAUCAAAUGAAUCCAGUUCAUUUUGAAAGCAAUGAGGAUUGUAACUUUCGAGAUAUGUAUGCAACCUCGUGUGCCAUAACCAAUAGCAAGUAUUUGGUUAUUAUUCAUGUGAAUAGAUGUAACAUGAAGAGUGAAACAUAUCAGGAAUUCUUCACUUCUGAUGAGGUGAGGUGGAUGCUUGUGGAUUUGAACUCAUACAGUGUGAAAAGAGUUUAUCCAAUUGUUUAUAAUAUUGAAAAGUUAAAGAUGCUACAAAUUUCCUCUGAUGGUUUCCAAAGAGUUGAAAAAAGACCACGGACAACCCAACUUUAUUUGCAAGAUGGUGAUUUGAAUGGUGGACGUACCGAUUCUUCCUUAAUUAAUCGUACCUCUAUUUCUCAAAUCCGAAUCAAUGAUGGAUUUGAACCAGAAUUUUCACACCUAUUUGCAUUCAGACCAUUUCAACAUAAUCCUGAACUAUUUCAAGUCCACCUAUCAGUUUCCUUAAAUACACUUCAUUCCUCAUAUAGCGACACUAAGAUUAAUAAGAAAAAGUAUGGACACUUCUUUAGAUUUUAUUUCAAGUUUUCUAAUGAAGCCACUUGCAUCUUGGAAAGGUUAUUGAAAUUUGUAAGAGAAGGUCACUUUUCAGAUGUCUCAAUAUCAAUCAAGGAGUGA